AUGUUGAACCGCACUUUCCAUGAGUGGGUGUUCAUUCGCACCUGCAUCAUACUUAUGCGAUACCCGCUCAUCCCCUAUGUAUCGAUCCUCACGGCUUGCUACCUUGGCAUGAACCACAGCCAGUCUCCAGCGCGAUGGAGGACAAUCGCACAAGUCAUAUUCGGUAUGAUGCUGAUUGAGUUGCUGUACAUCUUGUUCAUCUGGUUGCCUUACACCCGACGCCUCAAAGAGCCUGCUAAACACCCGCCACCAUCGUCGCCGAUUGAGCGCCGAGCUCUGUUUGAAAGAUGCAUGGCCACAGUCCCAAACUACGGGGACUACCUUCGCAUGUGGUUUUUGGGUUCCGAGCAGUCUGAAAUUCGCCGCGAAAACAUGCGCGAGUUUCUUCUUUGGGCUUUCUUUGACGUUGAAUAUGGAAGCAACAGCGGGGCGGGUUCCGCCGACGACUACGACGUUGAGGUGGACGAGUACAUCUCCUAUAUCGAAAAAGGCUUGGGCAAAACGUUCGAGCCGGGUCGGGGCCGAGCAAAGUGCUUACGGCUCACCAUCGACUCCGUCGAGCCGGCUUUCCGCACCGUUUGGUGGUACGCGACCAUGGCCCUCUUGGACCACGCCACUCACAUCCUUCUCCUUCUCAACGGCUUCGAGUACUACGCCCAGCCACGAGAAAAGGCCAUCUUCCCACCACGGCUGCAGCAAAUCUUUGCUAGUCGCCGCACCUUGGCCGGAAAUUUGAGCUACUGGUACCGUCCUCACCGUUCCGAGGAGCUGCCUGUUGUCUUCCUCCACGGUAUCGGCAUUGGCUUGUGGCCGUACAUCAACUUCCUUGCCGAGAUCGUUGGCACAAAGGGCAAAGGUCAGACCGGGGUCAUUGUCCCCGAGAUCCUUCCUGUUUGCUUUCGGCUAACGGAGCCACCGCUUGGCAAGGAGGUGUUCCUUGAUCAAUUCAAGAAGAUACUUGACCAUCACAUGUGGGACAAAUUUGCCCUAGUAUCUCACUCGUACGGUUCCAUAUUGUCGACACACGCUAUAAAAAGUCCCGAACUACAAGCGAGGAUUCAGCGAGCGGUGUUUGUUGACCCCGUGAGCAUACUGCUCCAUCUGCCCGACGUCGCUUAUAACUUCACGCGCCGUCGACCAACGACCGCCAACGAAUGGCAACUGUGGUAUUUCGCUAGCACGGAUCCUGGAGUUGCCCAUUGCCUUGGUAGAUAUUUCUUUUGGAGAGAGAACGCCAUCUGGGCAAACGAGCUGGUAGGGGAACUGGGGCAUGUGCGCGAUGAACGGAAGGAAGCAAGACAAGUAACUGUUUGUUUAUCGGGGCUGGACCUCAUAGUUGACAGCCAUGCUGUGGCUAGUUAUUUGGCCGGGAGUGACCGGGCGAAUCACCCCGCAUGGCUGCUGAGCGAGCAUGGCCAGAGUAACGUUGCUGGUCUAAAGGCUGGACUCACGCCAGGUGGGGAUUAUGAGCAACACCGCUCGGUCGAGCUGGGCGUCAACAUUCUCUGGUUCCCGAACAAGGACCACGCGCAGGUUUUCGACUCCCCGCGGACUAGAGCGCCGAUCGUGGCCGCCAUAAGAGGUGAGUCUCCGACGGAAUAG